AGAUGAUCCCAAAUUGCUUUCAAUGACACAUCUUUGUGAAUCGCGGCACGGAACUUUUCCCAUAUACACACCAUGUGGAAGUAUUUAUUAAUACCUAAAGAAAAACAUAAAAAAGUAGCAAAAAUUUAAUAAAAAAACAUUCAUACGUAAAAUUUAUCUAUUUAUCGAAAAUCUUAACAUGUUCUACAUUUUCCAUUUAAUUAACAUUAUUGAGGAUAUUGCAUUAAUCAUACAUACAUACAUAAAACAUAUUUAAAAAUUAUAAAGAUUAAGAGAAAGAAUAAACAUUUAUAGAUAAUUGAUACAUACAUACAUAUAUAUAUAUAUAUAUUCAACAAAAUGCAGAAAAAUAUAGAUGACAUAUGCAAUGCUAUUGAUAAACUUUUUUUACGUAACUUGGAACUAAUUGAAGAAAAGGUUUCUACAAAUGUUCAAAUGGAAUUGCUACUUCGUUCAGGAUAUAUAGAAUUGGCUAAAGCAAGAUAUAUCUUGGGUAAAGAGAAUGUUAGUAUCCUACAAAUACCUGUUAAUAAGGAGAAUAUAUCAUCUUUAUUUAAAUUGGAAUCUAAGUUUAUAAAAGAAUCUGAGGACACAAUACCUUCUUUUGACAUUAGUCUAAAGGAAGAAAAUGAAUUUGGAGAAGAUAUUCAAAAUCCUAUAAAAUGGUUUGGUGUACUAGUUCCACAAAAUUUAAGAACUGCUCAAAAACGUUUCCAAGAAUCAGUGUACCUUGCUACAAAAAUAGCAAACAUACAUUGUGAAUUGGAUUAUAUUGCAAAUAAAUUGAAAGCUUUAUAUCUUUUGAAAAAUGCAUUUUGUAAACAAUCAGAAUAGUUCUGCUGAAAAUACAUGAAUGCAUUGUUUGAUAGUAUGUUUUAAUCAUAAUUUUAUUAAUAUACAAUCUAUUUUAUAUUAAUAUUUUAUAAUAAUAUUAACAAUGUAACUUUAAAAAAAAAGUAAGAAUGUUUUUAUUUAAUUUUAAUUGCAAAAAAUAUGCAAUUAUACAAAUUAAAAUUUAAUAUUUAAUAAGUGUUUUUAUUUAAUAAGUAUUUAAUAAAAAUUUUCACAUAUCCAAAUAGAUAUUAUGUUUAC